UGCGCGCGCGGGAGGGGAGGGGAGGGGAGGGGAGGGCGGGCUCGCUGCUGCCUGCCGCCCGCCCCCUGCCUCCUGCGGCCGGGCCGGCGCUCAGCGGAGCCUCAGCGGAGCCGCGGGCAGCGCAGCAGCGCGGAGCAGCCGCGAUGGGCAGCAAAGGGCACUACAGAUACCACUGGCAGAGCCACAAUGUCAAGCACAGUGGAGUGGAUGAUAUGGUCCUUCUUUCCAAAAUCACAGAGGAUUCCAUAGUGGAGAACCUUAAGAAGCGAUACAUGGAUGACUAUAUUUUUACAUAUAUUGGCUCUGUGUUAAUCUCUGUGAAUCCUUUCAAACAAAUGCCAUAUUUUGGGGAAAAGGAAAUUGAGAUGUACCAAGGAGCCGCACAAUAUGAAAACCCACCACAUAUUUAUGCUCUUGCAGACAGCAUGUACAGAAACAUGAUUAUUGACAGAGAAAAUCAGUGCGUCAUUAUUAGCGGGGAAAGUGGUGCUGGAAAGACUGUGGCUGCUAAAUAUAUUAUGAGCUAUAUCUCCAAAAUUUCAGGAGGUGGCCCUAAAGUACAGCACGUGAAAGAUAUAAUUCUACAGUCCAACCCUUUACUAGAGGCCUUUGGGAAUGCAAAAACUGUACGGAACAAUAACUCCAGCAGAUUUGGGAAAUACUUUGAAAUCCAGUUUAGCCCAGGUGGAGAGCCAGAUGGAGGAAAAAUCUCCAAUUUCCUACUGGAAAAAUCUCGAGUUGUAAUGAGGAAUCCUGGAGAGAGGAGUUUUCACAUUUUUUACCAGCUGAUCGAAGGGGCAUCUUCAGAACAAAAAAGCAGUCUUGGCAUUACCACUAUGGAUUACUAUUACUAUCUGAGUCUAUCUGGGUCCUACAAAGUAGAUGACAUCAAUGACAAAUCUGAUUUCCAAGAAACACUGCAUGCAAUGAGUGUGAUUGGGAUCUUUGCAGAAGAGCAGGCAUUGGUACUACAAAUAGUGGCUGGAAUACUUCAUUUGGGAAACAUCAGCUUCAAAGAAGUUGGCAACUAUGCAGGAGUGGAAAGUGAAGAGUUUUUGGCUUUCCCUGCUUUCCUCCUGGGAAUUAACCAGGACCGCCUAAAGGAAAAACUGACCAGCAGACAGAUGGACAGCAAGUGGGGAGGCAAAUCUGAGUCCAUUAAUGUAACACUAAACGUGGAACAAGCUUGCUACACCAGGGAUGCACUGGCCAAGGCCCUUCAUGCCCGUGUUUUUGAUUACUUGGUGGAUUCCAUUAAUAAGGCUAUGGAGAAGGACCAUGAAGAGUAUAAUAUUGGUGUCCUCGAUAUUUACGGCUUUGAAAUAUUCCAGAAAAAUGGCUUUGAGCAGUUCUGUAUCAACUUCGUUAAUGAAAAACUGCAGCAGAUUUUUAUUGAACUGACACUGAAAGCAGAACAGGAAGAAUAUGUGCAAGAAGGAAUCAGAUGGACUCCAAUAGACUAUUUUAACAACAAAAUAGUGUGUGACCUCAUAGAGAACAAAGUGAAUCCCCCUGGAAUUAUGAGCAUUUUAGAUGACGUAUGUGCCACAAUGCAUGCAGUGGGAGAAGGAGCUGACCAAACACUGCUACAAAAACUCCAGAUGCAGAUUGGGACUCAUGAACAUUUCAACAGCUGGAACCAAGGAUUUAUCAUUCAUCAUUAUGCUGGAAAGGUAUCUUAUGAUAUGGAUGGAUUCUGCGAGAGAAAUCGGGAUGUUCUUUUCAUGGACUUGAUUGAACUCAUGCAGAGCAGUGAUUUGCCUUUUAUAAAGGCUCUGUUUCCUGAAAAUCUUCAAGUGGACAAGAAGGGUCGCCCUACCACUGCAGGCAGUAAAAUCAAAAAACAAGCAAAUGAUCUCGUUGGCACCCUGAUGAAGUGUACACCCCAUUACAUUCGCUGCAUCAAACCAAAUGAGACAAAGAAACCUCGAGACUGGGAGGAGAGCAGGGUAAAACAUCAAGUGGAAUACUUAGGUCUUAAAGAAAAUAUUCGAGUACGAAGAGCUGGCUAUGCCUACAGGCGGGUUUUCAAGAAGUUUUUGCAGAGGUACGCCAUUCUGACCAAAGCAACCUGGCCUUCCUGGAAAGGAGAAGAGAAGCAAGGAGUUCUCCAUCUGCUUCAGUCUGUCAACAUGGAUCCUGACCAAUACCAACUCGGGAAAUCCAAAGUCUUCAUCAAAGCUCCAGAGUCUCUCUUUUUGUUAGAAGAGAUGAGAGAGAGGAAGUAUGAUGGGUAUGCCAGGGCCAUCCAGAAGGCAUGGAGGAAGUAUGCAGCCAGGAAAAAAUAUGUACAGAUGAGAGAAGAAGCAUCAGAUCUGUUGCUGAACAAGAAAGAGAGGAGACGGAACAGCAUUAACAGGAAUUUUGUAGGAGAUUACAUAGGCAUGGAGGACCAUCCAGAGCUACGCCAGUUUGUGGGCAAACGGGAGAAGAUUGAUUUUGCAGACACCGUAACUAAAUACGAUAGGCGGUUUAAGAGUGUGAAGCGAGAUCUUGUCCUCACUCCAAAGUGCAUAUACCUGAUUGGGCGUGAAAAGAUAAAGCAGGGUCCAGAAAAGGGUCAAGUUAAGGAAGUCUUAAAGCGAAGAAUGGAAGUGGAGAGAAUUCUUUCUGUUUCUCUAAGCACGAUGCAGGAUGACAUUUUCAUUCUACAUGAACAGGAAUAUGAUAGCUUGCUUGAAUCAGUCUUCAAAACUGAGUUUUUAAGCCUUUUAUCAAAACGAUAUGAAGAGAAAACACAAAGAAAACUACCUCUGAAAUUUAGCAAUACGCUUGAAGUAAAGCUGAAAAAAGAGAGCUGGGGGCCCUGGAGCAGUAGUGGUUCUCGACAAGUGCAAUUUAUGCAAGGCCAAGGAGAUAUAGCCAUUCUCAAGCCAAGCAAUAAAGUACUGCAGAUCAGCAUUGGACCAGGGCUACCAAAGAAUUCCCGUCCUACUAGACGUAAUGUUACACAAACUAGAGGGUAUUCUAACAGGUCUCAAACUCAGACUUACCCUAUGAGAGCUGCGCCUCCGCCUCCUGGACAUCAGCAAAAUGGAGUAAUAAAUCCUUCACAGUUUGUACCACAUCCCCAAGUUCCAGCAAAUCAACAGGCCAAUCAGAAAAAUCUGUAUACAAAUAUGACACGACCAACUUUACCACGGCAACUAUCAGGAGGAUCGGGCAAGAUUUCACAGCAACCAGAAAGCCUGGAUUUUCUGAAAGUACCUGACCAAGGAGCAGCCGGUGUUCGCAGGCAGACCACAAACCGGCCCCCACCAGCUGGAGGAAGGCCUAAACCACAGCCAAAACCUAAGCCUCAGGUACCACAGUGCAGGGCACUGUAUGCAUACGAUGCUCAGGACACAGAUGAACUUAGCUUUAAUGCCAAUGAUGUGAUCGAUAUAAUCAAAGAAGAUCCUUCUGGUUGGUGGACAGGAAGACUACGAGGGAAACAAGGUCUGUUUCCUAACAAUUAUGUCACCAAGAUAUAAAAGACUGUUAGACAAGAAAAGGCUAUGAAGCUAACAAUGUUUGAAGAUGUUUUCCCUUACCGUCAGGACACUGUUCUCCCGAGAUCUGCUAUUCUCAGCAUUUUUCACCAGUGAAGUUGUAUACAAGGAACAAGAAACUUAUCCACAGCAGAGACUGAUAUUUGUCUCAGAAACAUACAGCAAUGGACAUACUGACAGAUUAUUUAUUAUAUUUAAAACCUGGUUAACACCUAGUAAGUGAAGAUAUUCAAACCUAUCAUUCUGAAACAGAAAGGUGCUUUGCAGUCUGGGACCAGGGACUUUAAGGUGUAUUUAAUAAGUGCCUUUAGUUGAAUAUCAGUAAUCUUUUUAAUUAUCUGAUGAAGAUUAUGUUAAAUGCACAUUUCCUCUAACGCAGAUCAUUCUGGGGAACAUGUUAAGUAUGCUGCUAUGUGUUUAAAAGAGUUAGGGUCAUUUGGGAUAUUACCAUCUAAAAAUCUACUGCGAUGGUAUAUUUAAAUAAUUAUGUACAGAGAUGUAAUGGAAUUGGUUUGCAUUUGCUGAUGUAUUUAGGGACUCCCAACAGGCACUACAAAAAGUUUAAACAAAACUAUGUAGUACUGUAUGCUAAACAAUGUUGCCUUCAAGAUUUAUAUUGGAAUAUGGCUGGCCCAUGUUGGAAUUCUGUUUAAUGCUCUACCUGUUAUAAGAAAUGUCUUUAUGCACAGCUGUACAUUUAUAGAAAUGAAUCCUAUACUGUAUAUAAAAAUUGAAUAUGGUAGAAACAUGUAUGAAUGUAUAAUGUAGUAUUCCACUGUUCUUACCAUAAAGUAGUUCUACUAGAAUUUUUAUGCCAGGUACUUACAGAUAUGCACUACUCCUUUUAAAUGGUAAAAGCAAGUGUUACUGCUUAAGUCUAAUUGCCUCCCACACCAUUCAGAGUGACUGUUGCUUGCCGUACAGUGAUCAGCAUUCAUUGCUUUGCCUUGUGAACCUCCUUAAAAUAAAACAAGCAGCAGUUUGCUCAACAGGUCUGUUCACUGUGCAGUUUGUUUUCAGAUAUUAUACAUACUAAUGUUUCUUAACAACCACUUGUUUAAAAAAAAAUCCCUCUACUGUGCUCUGAUUGUUUUCACUCUGCCCAGCUGAAGAGGUAUGCACUACACUUUUUCCUGAGCUUUUUCUGUUUUAAAGUGUUGAAUCCUGUCCCUCCUAAGCCACUGCCUAAGCUUCAUUUAGGCACACAAACUCCAUCUCCAUUAAGAGAUUUGACUCCUUCAAAAAUACCUAUUUGCAUUAAGUGCUAGACUUAUCUUAUUCUAUAGGAGAGAAGUCUCCUGCCAUAAAGAUAAAAGCCUGUAGCUUCAACCUCCAACAGGCAUGGCAUUGAGGACUAGGCAGUUUUGUAGUACUGCGGACAUGCCUUCUACAUCAGAGCCCGCACCCUCGUACAGAAGAGACACAGAGUUCAGCCUAAUUUACAGACUAUCUAACAGUUUGCAAGUCAACAUUAAAUACAUAGUACUAUUAGUACUAUUUAUGUAUUUAGUACUAUAGCACUAAAUACAUAAGCAUAAAUAAAGUGAGGCAGAAGAGCUGCAGUACUUACAUGCUUGUAUUCCUCUGAGCAUACAAAUAAAUAUUUAAUUUUAUAAAUGCUUAUUAGAAGAAAAAAAAUAACAAAGGAAAUCAAAAAUUGUAAGUGUAUUGUAUUCCCUCAGGUAUUGAGGUUUGCUGAAAAAAAUAAAAAGGGGGAAAAGAACAGGUAAUGAGAAGCUAGGGGUUUUUUUUUGUUUUUGUCUAAGAAGUAGAGUAGGUUUUAAGAGGUAAGCUGAUACAAAGGUCUGAUCCCUGUAGUUCUACAUCUACAGCCAGUGCACACAGAGGAGUUUCCUGCCUCAGCUCUCUGUUUAGGCAUACAAAGACAGACAACACAUUGUCUCAUCUUCACUCAGUUGCCUAAACACAAAGCCUUACAAGGCUGCAUCUGUUACAGCCUCCUACUUUUCCCAGCUUUAAGUAAACAAACUACAAAAAAAACAAGUUCUUGAAGACUUCUUUGAGACAUGUCACUGAAAUAAACACCGUAUUUACUAUCCCAUAAUGUAUACCAAGGAAAGUCCUGCUCUUUAAAAGUGUGAACAAAUUACUAAAUACAAAGCCAAAAGAUACUGAACAACCACAGAAACUACACAUAUCUAACUGCAAAUUGUAUCAGUCACCUACUUUGUCAAAUGUCCUAAUUCAGCAUCAAAUUGCAGGCACUUCUAGAUAUUGCCUUAAAGAUUCACAGUUGCAGAGGGGGGGUUAUUGUUCUUUUUUUUUUUUUUUUUUU